AUGUAUGCAGCAACUACUUCAAAUCAUGAGAAACAAGCAGAAACCCAAACUACCACUGAAAAUAGAUGGCCACCUGAUUUGAGGGAAUACCUGAGAAAAAGUUUUGAUGUUGUUUCCCCGGACAACACUGAUGCUGUUGAAAGAGAACUUAAAAUUUUGAUUGAAGAAAAAAUUAGAAUGAACCAAAUGUGGACCACUGAUUGGAAAAACAUGGAAUUACCUCCAAGCUGUUACACACCAAGUCCAAAUAAAGAUAAUAAACGAAGAGGUAGAUCACCAGAACAAGAUAUAGAUGACAAUGAUAUUAAUGAACUUGACAAAAGAGAGAAACGUGCAAAAAGAUUUCAAGCACAUGAUAGAACGAAUAAAUUACACUGGGAAUCUAAGGAACCAGAAUUAGAUGUAAUAAACAUGGAACAAACUAUUGUUGGAACUUGUCAACAACUUGAAAAGCAAUAUUUACGUUUAACAUCAGCACCAGAUCCUUCAACAGUAAGGCCAUUACGUGUCCUAAAGAAAACACUUGAAGUUUUAAAAAGUAAAUGGACGGGAGGAAAUAAUUACACAUACAUUUGUGAUCAAUUUAAAUCUUUACGUCAAGAUUUAACGGUUCAACGUAUACAAGAUGAGUUUACGGUUAGAGUAUAUGAAACGCAUGCUCGUAUAGCAUUAGAAAAGGUUAAUAUUAUUUGA